CUUGGGCUUACCUCGCGCCUAGCUCCCACAUAAAUUGCUUAACGCGUGUCCAAAGCGCCCCACAGUGCAGCGACAGUCCACGUCUCGCUGCCAGAGCAAUGCCCGCCACGCGCGCGCAGCGCCAGCGCGUCCAGCAGCGACGGCAUGCAAACCUGCCUGAUGAGCUAAUAAGAAAAAUCAUCGACAUCGCGGGCCCAUACUGCGUCCUCGUGAAGGGCGGCCAGGCGUGCACGCUCGACAUUCCUCGCACCGCCGGCCGCACGGCCAAGGCGUAUCUGGCGCCGGUAUCGAACAACCUGAUCCGCGUGGGCGUGGGCGCGGACACAAUCCUGGCGCGGUCCGAAUCCUUGGCAGACGCGAUCGCCCAGGCUCGCGACGGCGACACGAUACUCGUGGACGAUGGCUUCUACGAUUCCCAGAGGGUUAUCACUGUGCCGCCCAUACGCCUUCAGAUCGUGGGCAACACCAAAGGUUUAAAUUACGGCACGCGGCGGACGCCGCGCGGCGAGUUCGAGCACAGCGCUCACCGCGAAUCCCCCUGGAUUUGCGGAUCUGACGAACCCCGCGUCGGCGGCGGCGAAGAAGACGACGGCGGCGUGUUCUGGGUCGAGGGCGCGGGCGCGCAACUGACGCUCCGCAAUAUUGCGUUUUUGGGCGUCUCUGACGACUGGGACGAGGUAGAGGAGGAGCACGAGCCGGUUGAGUUGGGCAACUACGACUGCGGCAUAGUUGCCACCCAGGGCGCACGCGUCACUAUCGAGAACUGUUGGUUCUCGAACUUCGGCCGAAUGGCGCUCCGGGCAAGCAGCGGCGGGCGUAUCGAGGCGAGAGACACCACGGUCAACCGGAGCUAUUUCGGCGCCAUCAGCGAAAAUUGCGAUGAACCGGAGGGCCCGCAGUCUAGCAUGGUGCUCGAGCGCGUGGAUUUCCAGGGAGCCAACAAGUACGCCUGCAUGGCCGAAGGUGGAGCACGAGCGGAUUUGCAGGCGUGCCGCAUUCGCUGCUGUACGCAUUCUGGAGUUAUUGCCAAGGAUGCAGGGUCCCGGAUCCGUUUCGACGCGUCGACUCAAUUCGUGUCGCAACAUAGAAGUUUUGGCCAACUCCCGGGCCGCGGCCCUCCUUGGGUCAAGCGGGCCAGCGUCAUCGAAAACGGCAGUGUCACUUUCCCGGACGAGAUACCUGGCGUUGGCAAGGUCGAAGGGCCUUGGUUGGGUUCAGCGCAACGCCGCGGGGCGCGCCAGGGGCCUCCUCUGGGACCCCCGCCACGAAUUGAUUGCCAAUCGGACGUCGAGUGGGAGUCGGAUGACGACGACGACGACGACGACGAGACGCGCUGGCUGACCGUACGACUUAUACGCGACGGCGGUUGGGAGUCGGGCCACGAGCGUUGCAUGAACCCGGGCCAGGAGGGCUGGUUGCCGCUCUAGGUCGCCGCCUAAGUUGUGAGUACUAUU